AGAGAGAGGGAAAGUAGUGUGUGUGUCCUGGACAGAAGCACACACUCAAUAUCCAGGUCUCCAGUAAACAUCUAUUGGCCUCUUCUAUAAAGCUGCAGUGCAACUGCACGGGAUCACGGAACAAAGGCAAAAACACACUCUUGACUUCCAGCUUGAUUCUCAGCUGAGCAGCAGGCGUGCAGUAGAUCUGGAGCACCGAACAGCAGCCACAGUUACCAGCGACUGCAGCGUGUUAGGAGUGUUCAAGAAGUCUCCGAUUAGAUGCUGACAAAAGCUGAGACCAGGUGAACAGAGAUCAUCCAGCUGAACAGAAGAUGACAACCGCAGCGACUCAGGAACUCGACGAGCGUUGCUUCCUUUCGGCACAGUCCAUGCCCAAGCUUAAAGUAUCCGAACACUUCCAGGUGGUGAAGCUCCUGGGAGAAGGUUCCUACGGAAAGGUCAUGCUGGCCGUUCACAAGACCCGAGGAACUCCCAUGGCGCUGAAGUUCUUCCCUCGAAAGUCCACCACUCUCGCCUCUUUCCUGCGCGAAUACAAUCUCUCCCUGUCCUACUGCACUCAUCCGUCUCUGACCCGGGCCCUCGGCAUCUUCUUCUCUACUCCGACCUACUAUGUGUUUGCCCAGCAGGCCGGUCUCUAUGGCGACCUGUACAGUGUUAUAGUGUCAGAGGCCGGGGUCGACGAGCACGGCGUCCAGAGGGUGAUGGCCCAGCUGAGCGGCGCCGUCACGCACCUGCACUCCCUGGGCUUCGUCCACCGCGACAUCAAACCCGAGAACAUCUUCCUGUGCGACAGCUCCUGCCGCUGGGUCAAACUGGGCGAUUUCGGCCUGGCCCGGGCCGUCGGCACCACCGUCCGAGCCGUUUGGUACGAGUCGCCCUUCUGCACCCCCGAAGUGGAACCGGCCAAGAAGGCCGAGCAGGAGAUGGAGAGGAGGAUCAGCGAGGGGACUGAGGACGAGAUGGAGGACAUCUGGAUCACAGUGGAGACCAGUAUCGACAGCUGGGGCCUCGGGGUGCUCACCUACUGCCUGCUGACGUGCUGCUUCCCCUGGGAGGAGAGCACCCACGACGACCGCGGCUACCGCAGGUUCAAAGAGUGGUUCGACCGAGAGGCUGAGAAGGAGGCGAAGGGGGAGGAUGGCGAGAGGAGAGACAGAACCAAAGCGGAGAACCAAAGAGGAAACCCACCUCCCUCACAGUUUGAGGGCCUCAGCUCGCUUGCCAUGACUCUGUUGAAAGAGCUGCUCCAUCCUGAACCCAAACUCAGAGGAAGCCCGGAGGACAUCCUGAGCUACCUGGGGGGGCCGUGGCUGGUGGAGACGGAGAGGGAGGAGAAGAAGAAAGCAGAGGAGGCAGCAAAGGAAGCGAGAAGCAUCAGAGAGAGGGGAGGGAUGGAAGAGGAGCUGCUCCGGGAAGGCAGAGGGGAGAGAUAAACUGUCUCUACAAAACAUUUUUAGUAGGUCAUAUUUCUGUAGAUAUUACAGGGAAAAAAAUCGUUUAAGGUGCUGAACUUUUCACAUAAAGAUUUUUUAAAUAUCUGUUCUAAAGGUAUCACUUCCUUUGUUGUAUAUAUCUUUGUGUUUGUGUGUUUUUUUGAAGAAUGAAAAAGAAAACUAUUGUAUUGGGAUUACUGUAUAAUCAAAAAUACUAACCACUGUAAGGAUGAAUAGAAUAUGAGCUGGAUGUAUUGUAGUUAGGAUCGAUGUUAUUUUAUAUUGGGAGGUCUUGAUUGUGUUGCUAUAUCCUGCUUCAAGUAUUGUUGAGAAAAAAGUUGCUUUGCUGUAAUGAGAAGAUGAUAUUUACCCUCCA